GGCGGCGCUUGGUCAACCUCGCGGGGCGCGCGGUGGCCUCCGGGGCGUCCGAGAGGAGCUGCCACGUGGGCGGCAGGGCCGCGUGGACCCAGCAUGAGCGAAUUUCCCUGUAAAAAAGGUGAUGACUAUUUGGAAUGGCCUGAGUAUUUCAUGGCAGUGGCCUUCUUAUCAGCACAGAGGAGCAAAGAUCCAAAUUCCCAGGUGGGAGCUUGCAUCGUGAAUGCAGAAAACAAGAUUGUGGGCAUUGGGUCCAAUGGAAUGCCAAAUGGAUGCAGUGAUGACCUCUUGCCUUGGAGGACGACAGCGGAGAGUAUACUGGAUACCAAAUACCCUUAGGUGUGCCACGCCGAGCUGAAUGCCAUUAUGAACAAAAACUCAGCCAACGUGAAAGGCUGUACCAUGUAUGUCACCUUGUUCCCGUGUAAUGAAUGUGCUAAGCUCAUCAUCCAGGCAGGGAUAAAAGAAGUUAUUUUUAUGUCUGAUAAAUACCACGACAGCAGUGAGACAAUAGCCGCGAGGCUCAUGUUUGAAAUGGCCAGGGUUUCCUUCAGGAAAUUCACACCAAAGUGCAGCCAGAUUGUCAUUGACUUUGAUUCAAUUAACAGCAGACCAAGUCAGAAGCUCCAGUGACUUACAUCUCAUUAAGUCUCCAGAAGAUUGGAUUAUCCUCUUCUAAGAAGCUGCUGAUGCCUUUCAUCUUAAAGUUACACAUAACUUUUUUUUUUUUUUUUUGCGGUACGUGGGCCUCUCACUGUUGUGGCCUCUCCCAUUGUGGAG